CUGAAUCAAUUCUAAAGUUCACUCCUUAAGUACGAUAUCUCCAUUGACGGUCAACGUGCUUGGGCUGACGUUAUGGUCAAGUCGCCUUCGAAAUCCAUCGUUUUCUAAGAAGUACUUCUGCACAAGAUGGCGCGCAACAUUCGCCAACAGGCACUGCAGAAGAUUGCAACCCUCUCAGCUUCAAGCUCCGCCACUUCGUUCGACCGCUCCGAUCUCGACCGCCUAUGUCGAGCGACUGGACAUGGACGGGGGAAGGAGACCACCAAUGGCUCAGGGAGGGGCCAAUCAUUGGCUCGGGUUCCAAUGACAAUACGUGAAUUCGAAGUGCUUAUGGCUCUAUGCAAAGCCGCCCCCAUGGUGCAGAGCAGUCAGAGCGCCCAGAAGCUUGCCCACCAGUUGAUACCAUACAUACUCGAAGCUCAUGCGCAGACUUUCGUGCCAUCGCCCUUCUUCCGCAAAGUCGAGCCGUCACCGAUCGAGGCCCUGACGCUUAACUUGACCGCCGCGUUGUUAUCACUAGGAAACGAACACGAUACAUUACACGAGAAGGUGUCGGAUAACAUAUGGACAUUCCUUGCCUCGAUGAAAACAGCCAUCCAGAGUGUUGUUCCACAAGAGGCAGAUAACCUUGGAGACCAAAGUCUGGACGAUGCCAUCAGAACAGCUACAAUUGCCGUCGCCCUCCUCGGGUUCUUGGACGCCGCCGCAGCGCAGACCGACUUCUGGAGGACGGGUGGGAGGCUCGCUUUGAUUCAACGAGUUGGCAACCUAUUAUCAGAUCAGUUCUUGACGGCAGUAGAAGGCGCUUUUUCUAGUAUACGGAAUGCCGACGCUUCUGACCGUCAUGCUAAAGAAUGGAAGAGGCACCUGAAGCAUUACGCACUCCAGGGGCGACCCCUGAGUGCCAAUUUGCUUCAGCGCAGCUUUCUGUGGCUUCUAGUAUCUGCCACUUCUCUCCUCGUUGCAGACGCAAAAACUCUCCGAGGAAGCCAUAUCCUUGAUCUUCUCAUGACUAAGAAUGGCAUGCUUAGACCCGGGUCUUCAUCCAGCCCAGAUGUUGAUUUUCGAACAAUCGAGACCUAUGCAAGUAUUGCACGCGAUGAGAUGGAUAGGUUGGAGGAUGGCGCCGAUUUCAUCCAAAUAGGUUCCGCAUCCCAACGAAACCUGGCCUUCGCUGUCAAGGCCUCCACAAUGACCAGCUUCCUGAACUGUACCAUGCUGAAUGAAGAUGCUGCCGACCCGGAGAUACUUCUGGGAUGGCUUGAGGAAUCUCUAUUCGACCCAGAGCAGAUGCUGGACGAGACAUUGGCAUCGACUGUGCUACGAUCAAUGGCCAUCAUCUGCAGAGUUUCGCCAUCUUACGCUCCCAAAGUCAGUCGACUUCUCCCGCGUUUCAUUGUGCAGACAGUUCCCCCGAGCGAAACUGUGGCCGUCGCAUCUAAGUGCUUGGCCUUUGUCCUGCAAAUGCUAUCGCAUGACGCUGUCAUAACCACUCUCUACACCCUGGGAAAUGUGUUGAGUCCUGGGACAGACCAAGGUCUCACGAACGGAUCCAACAGCGACUUCGGCGGCGAUGGCGCAGUCCCCAACCCGAUAUAUCAGGGGAGACGGUCGACGGGCAGUUCGAUUUCCUUGGCGCUCGCCGGCGACGAAGAUACUUCGUUGAUAUACUCUAACGUUGUCCAAGCGAUCUGCGGAAUUGCAGAAGUGUGCCAACAGGAGAAGAUCACAGCCCUCGCUCAAGCUAUGCUACUUCAGAAAUUGAGCAAAGUCAACCCCGCCGUUGAUGUAGAGAUCAUCACAGGGGCCGCUGUUUUGUCGUUGAGUGGUGGGCAACUCGAAUUCCGGUCGCUUUUGCGACUGUAUUCCCGAGUUUGUCACCAGGCCUUGGUCGAAGACAACAGCACUGCCUUAUUCGCAGUUAUGAAAGCCCGUAACUACAUAUCGGCAAACAUCGAACGUGGCUCGCCUUUGUUUGAUAUCUAUUGGGAAUACAUGCUCGAGGAGACGGUCUCCAAAGGGGAUGUCCAUCAGUCGAAUCACGCGAAGCAGACUGACUUCGAAUUCGCCGCGCGCGAAAUAGCGCAGCUUCUUCAGCCCCUUUCGGUCCUGAUGUCUACGCACGAUUUUGCUGCCACCUCACGAACUGACGAUGAUAGCCAUUCUCUCGUGCGAGAUGCAUGGUUCAACAUAGUUGUUCACGGGUUCAACCCAUCAACUGACCGCGGGAUGAAGUACAUCAACGAACUACGGCUCAUGGCGAUCCACUCGCCUCCUUUGGUGGCAGAGCAGAGAGGUGAACAGAAUGAGAGUGAUAUCGAAUUGAACACCGUUCUUCGAAGAGCCAACACGUCUGAAAGGGAAGCCAGGCAGAAGAAACAGCUGGCAGAGCGGAUCCCGACCAAAGCAUCCGAAAUCAGGGGUUUGAGCUAUAGAAAAGUCAUCUUCCUGCAGGCUGCUUACCUCGUGGAGAUCCUGCGGGCCGAAUCUGGAGACUGCACCAAGGCGCUCUCCUACUUCCUGGAACCUAGUAUGCACCGCGUCGAGGUUAGCAGCGUUAUGGAGGGCAUUACGGAACAAGUGAUGAAACAGUAUCUCACCAAGACUCUGGGGGGUAAGCUGCCCACUUUCUCGGCGCAGUACGCUGCUUCCGAGCUUGCAACCCUCUUCUGCAAUUGCUGUCAUCGUAUCCAGCGAGUACAACAAGCGGCAUUCCAAUGUGCCGACCGGAUGAUUCAGGAGGUGCCGUCUGCCUUGUGCCAGCGAUCAUCGCUCUUCGCACUUUUGGAACUGUUGUCACUCAUGUGGACAAGUUGUUUAGAGGCUGAGACUGAAUUGUAUGAUCCACGAUCCACCUUCACAUCGAAUCGAGGCAAUGUCACUGUGGAGUUGUCCGAUGAUUACGCUUUUCGGAAGUAUACCCUCAACAAGCUAUACAAGAAGGCCAAGUCCUGGGUUCCGUUGGUCAUCAACCUUGCGCCAGCAGAUGUCAAGGGUCUUUUGCAGACUUACCUAUCCGAGUUCGAUGAUGAAGGUGCCUACGGACAUAUGUCCCUCGGCCGAUCCUUUGCGAUGGAAGUCGGGUCAUCUAUUCCAUCGACAGACCAAAGACUGACAUCACUUGAUUCCGUUGGUGAAACAACAAUCAACACGACGUCGGACUUCAUCGCUCAGUAUACCACUCGUCAGGAGUACAGGUAUGGGGAGGCUUUACCGGAUAAUGGUAUGGACUUGAUCAAUGUGUUGCCACUUAAUAGAAGAGCCUCCUUCAUCAAGUCCACGCCAGUAAACGAAACCGCCAAUGCGGUGACAGCUCUGGCGCAUGUUCAGACGCGACUUGCAGGGAAGAAGGCUACCUCCCUAAAGGACGUUCGAGAGAUUCUACGACGAGCCGCCGCCUUACUGUGCCGUACGCAGAAGGAUGAAACGGCCGUCACCCAUUACCUCGUCAGCAUCCCAUUUACUAUGUUCACCAAGGAAUCCAUCAAGCUUGGAGUGUCGCUUUGGUUGGGCGUGAUGAAUGAGAAUCCCAGAAUGGAAUCUCGAAUCCUGACCGAGAUCGCUCAACAAUGGGAGUUUACGAUACAAAAGCGACUUGGACUCUUCAAUCCUCUAUUGAUGCAUCCGGACCCCUUCUAUCUCAAGAAAGAAUUUGCGCCCAGUGACAACGAAGCCAUGACGAAACGUCGGCAGGUUGUACAUAACCUUCUGGCCCCCCAUACUCGUUUGAUGCAGUUCUUCAGUAGUCACUUCACCGCUACCCGGUUGGGCAGCCCUGAUACCCAGAUGAUAUUCCUCCGUUUGUUGGAUCUUACCCUCGAUGCAAUGAAGGCAUCGAUCUCCCAUCCCAUCGCAAGAGAACUUCGUCUGCGUGUUAUUCUGUUCAGCUUCAAGGUGCUCAGAGCAAGCACAGGCAUCAGUGCGCUCGCCCAAUGGCGUCUGAAAGACAAGAUUCUAUCCGCUGGAUUGAGCUGGUUCAAGUUCUCACCCAAGUGGUCCUUCGGGAGUAACAUUCUCCAGUUGAAAACAGAAGUGCGGCUGCUUUCAGACGUGAUGACAUCUCUAAAGGCUGCUAGCUCAAUCGCGGCACGGGCUCCUGACUCACUCAAGAACCUGCAACAGAAGGAGCAACUGCUCUUCUUAUUGCUUGAGAGUGAACAAGCCAGGCUGCAAGUUUGGGUUCACCCCUUGGGCGAGACUGGGUAUCAAAGAGCAGACAUCAUGACGCACCAGGGACAGAAGGCUCUCGAGAUUCAGCUUCAGCCCCUCGUGCGGACUGCUUGGGCCGAAAGCCCAUCGCUUGCGAUUGAAUUGGUCAGCAGAUUUUCUUUCCAAAGCGUGUUCAGUGAAGUCCGCUGGCUGUUGUUGAACUUCACGGCCAAGGCGAUUGAUGAGCCAGAUACUCUUCCAAUUUUGCUCGAAGGCGAUUUGCCAAAUGACGUUCGGGGCCAGCUUAAGUAUCUCCUAUACUGGCAGCCAGUCAACCCUGUCACUGCCGUCACUUUUUUCUUGCCUGCAUACCGCAACCAUCCAUUUUUGAUUCAGUAUGCCAUGAGGGCAUUGGAGAGCCACUCGGUCGAUGUGACUUUUUUCUAUGUUCCUCAAAUUGUGCAAGCUCUCCGACAUGAUGCUCUCGGAUACGUGGAGCGCUACAUUAUUGAGACUGCACAAUUUUCGCAGCUGUUUGCUCACCAGAUCAUUUGGAACAUGAAAGCCAAUUCAUACAAGGAUGAUGAUGCUCAGAUACCCGAUGAGAUCAAGCCUGCUCUAGAUAAGGUAAUGGCCAAGAUGAUCGACAGCUUCUCUCCCGAGGAUAAGGCCUUCUACGAGAAAGAAUUCACUUUCUUCGAUGAGGUCACAGACAUCUCUGGGAAAUUGAAACCGCUCAUCCGGCGGCCCAAGCCCGAGAAGAAACAAAAGAUCGAAGAAGAGCUGCGCAAGAUCAAAGUGGAAGUUGGCGUGUACCUGCCCAGUAAUCCCGACGGGGUGGUGAUUGGUAUUGACCGCAAAUCCGGAAAGCCGCUCCAAUCGCACGCCAAAGCCCCAUUUAUGGCUACGUUCCGUAUUAAGAAACCCAAGACUGGCUUUGUCGAAGAGACCGAGGAUGUCAUUCAAGAAGCCAGUAAUACUGAUCGAAUACCUACUGCGGAGAAUACCGUCGAAAAAUGGCAGUCGGCCAUCUUCAAAGUGGGCGAUGACUGUCGACAAGACGUGUUGGCCCUGCAGAUGAUUGCCGCUUUCCGCGGCAUUUUCCACAACGUGGGGCUUGAUGUCUUCGUCUUCCCCUAUCGUGUAACUGCCACCGCUCCAGGAUGCGGUGUCAUCGAUGUGUUGCCUAACUCCAUUUCGCGUGAUAUGUUAGGUCGCGAGGCCGUCAACGGACUUUACGACUACUUCGUGAGCAAAUAUGGCAACGAGGACAGUCUACGCUUCCAGGCAGCGCGCAACAACUUCGUCAAGAGCAUGGCUGCCUACAGUAUCAUCUCGUUCCUACUGCAGUUCAAGGAUCGCCACAACGGAAACAUUAUGGUCGACGACGCCGGCCAUAUCCUACAUAUCGACUUUGGCUUCUGCUUCGACAUCGCCCCUGGCGGCAUUCGCUUCGAGCGCGCCCCCUUCAAGCUGACGCAGGAGAUGCUGGCUGUCAUGGGCGGCACCGAUCACCAGGCCUUUAGGUGGUUCGAGGAGCUCUGUAUCAAGGCCUUCCUAGCGGCCCGCCCGUACGCCGAGAAGCUGAGCCAGAUCGUGUUGUUGAUGAUGGACAGCGGAUUGCCGUGCUUCACGCCCCAGAGUGUCGAGCAUUUCAAGGAACGGUUUGUGCUCGAGAAGAAUGAGAGGGAAGCUGCUGAGUUUGUGAGGCAUUUAGUGAAAAAGAGCGCGGGAAGUUAUAGUACCGGGGUGUAUGAUCAGUUCCAGUUGAUGACAAAUGGCAUCCCUUACUGAGAAGGGGGGUCGAUGGAGGUUUCGGAGAUUGAUUUGUGUAAGGGGGGCUGAUAGUGAAAAUGAGAAGAUCAAUAUUUACAUACAAUACUUCGUGGAGUUUAUAGAUAUAAUGUUGGCGCUCGACCGUCUCACAUACCCU